CCGCCACCGUUCUGCAAACCGACUUCUGGCUUCGAAACCCUCGCCUCGCGCUUUAAAGGAGGAGGAGGAGGAGGAGGCGAGGAGAGGAGAUCGCUUCGAUCCCAUUGCGAUCCCAUCACCGGGAUAUUAUGAUCUUCCGAUCGGAAGAGGGCGAUUGUGGCGAAUACGUACACAUACCGUCGGUGGAGGACGACGAAGACGUCGACAACGACGAGUACGAGCGCAAUCAUGGUGCGGAUGAAGUUGGAGAUGGAAGAUUGGGUGUCGUUCGAGAUGAAUCGUUCCUGCUCCCGCCCUACAACUUCAACAUGGUGGAUACGUGGAUCUACCGCUCGGGGUUCCCCACCGCCGCCAAUUUCCGUUUCUUGGAAGGGCUCAACCUUCGAUCCAUCGUGUAUUUGUGCCCGGAGCCGUACCCGGACGCUAAUGCCGAGUUCGUUCGCUCCCAUGGGAUUCGUCUGUUCCAGUUCGGGAUUGAAGGAAGCAAGGAGUCUCUUGUGGCCUUGCCAAAAGAUGCUAUCAUGAGGGCUCUCGCUGUCUUACUUGAUGUAAGGAAUCAUCCAAUUCUGAUUCACUGCAAAAGGGGGAAGCAUCGGACAGGGUGUCUUGUGGGCUGUUUCAGAAAGUUACAGAACUGGUGCCUGUCUUCUGUGUUUGAGGAGUAUCAUCGCUUUGCUGCCACCAAAGCUCGACCAUCAGAUCUGAGUUUUAUCAGUAAGUUCGACGUCUCAUGCACGCUGCGUAUACUCAGUAUCAUCUACCGGUGCUAUGGACGUGGUUCCCAAGUUGGGCGCUUGCUUUACGAGGAUAAUAAUAGCUCGUCAUGACGAACAAUCUCUCCUAUUUCUUUUCUAUUUUUCUUAUCAUGUGGUUUUGUCGUGGAAGUCGAACAUUCCAUUGCAGAUCUGCUCAUGUACAUCGUUCUCUUAUCGGAAUAUCAAUAAUCUCUUGACCCUAUUUUUUAGGUGCCAGGGGAAUUCUU